AUGUCACAGCUUCCGAUACGGAAUACCUUCAUCGAGGUGAGAGCUCCAGCUACGGUUCGUCCACGAUCUCAGACAGAUUUCGUGCCCGGUCCGGUCGACGGCUCAACACAGGCGACAGGUGCUCCAGUGCUUGCAAAGGCUCCCGCUCCGGCUGCUCCAGCACCAUCUGCGUGCGUCGUGUCCAGCAUCGAGACAGUCGCGAGCAGGCGAUGCUCCGUGACUCGAACGCCUGACGUUUUGUUCCCGCGUACUCCGCUGGGAUCCUUCGCAAUGGAUCCGCCACAUGCUUUUGCCUUGCCACAGGCUCUAGACGAACUUCAGAGGCGAAGGACAAGUACGCUUAGCUCCGAGGCGGCGCGGGUACAAACGAGUCAUUCAGCUACGACCCGCAGAAGCUCGCUGGACAUGAUCCCUAGCACGCCUGACAUGUACUACAGUUGGCCUGUGGAUGCAAACCCUGCGGCCUUCAUGUUGCCCAGCGCUGCUGCGGGACAGGUGCCGGCCGCUCCAGCACCGGUGCCUCUCUCGACUUCGUGCCCCAUAAAGCCUGCGUACCCUGCGGGCUGUGCUGCACAAGCAAUACCAGCCGCGCCACAAGUGAAAGGACCACCCCCAUCAGCCGCUGCUCCAGUACCCGUUUCGUGGGACGGCGCAUAUGCGGCACCAACCGCACCAACCGCACCAACAAUGCCUCUGCAAGUUGUCCACGACAAGCCGCUCAAUGUGCCAAUGUGGCCCCAGCCUGCACACAUGCACCCCACAGUGCUGCCAAGCAGAUACCCUUUGCAGCAUCCACAGCAAGUCUUGGUCCUCUCCAACUUCUUGCAGGAGGCGCCUGUGCAGUCUGUCUGA